AACAGAGAGCCGACCUGCUGCAGUUGUGUGAGGGCGCCGCUGGGUGAGUCCCUCUCUCCGCCGCUUCUGUCUCCACAGCUCCCUUUUCCCAAAGAAAAGAAGAGGAGAACUAGGUCCGGGGAGGAAGGCCGCCGCCAUUAUCGGGAAAGCUGACAGAAAAUACCACUUUCACACGCGCAAUCUGCUGCUAAAUUGAUCGGGACAUGAGCAGUUUUCGGUGGCAGCAGGGCCACAUUUCUACCGAAACACGGCGGAGAUUGCAACAAACUCACCGUUGUCUCGUGUGCCCGGCCGGCCCAGCAUUAUGUGGGCACAACAAUGGACAGAAUAAUUAUUGAAAAAGCAACGUGGUGAAAACGAGCAGAAGACGACAGAAGCAGGUCUUUAAACGCCUUUAUUUCGCAUGUGGAAACCCGCCUUGCAAGGACCAUAAUUGGAUUCCUCUAUUGUUCGGGAUAUUUAUUCCUUCCUUCCCCGUGUUGUAAUUGCAGCGAUAACUGUGAUGCAAAACACGAGAAUCCAGACAUGGGUGGUGGAUAUUUAAGUCCAAUGACCCCAUCGCACUGAUCGUGGUGAUAUCAGUUUUAUCUGUGAAUAGAUACGACCCUGAGUGUAUUCUGCGGCUUUUGCUUAUGCACAUCAGGCGGCGAGGGCUGCGGCAAGAGCUGGCCUGACAGAUGCAAGAGGAGAAAGGGAGAAAUGCGAUGGAUCUGAUUCAUACAAGGAAUGAAUGAAAGAACCCUCUGCUCAUAUCACUGCACUGCUAUUUAUUAUAACUGAAGCCCUGCAGAAGAAAGAGAAAUCUGAUCUCCUCUGUGGAUCAGCAACUUUAUGGACAAACAUUCAAGUGAACUCCUUUAUACAGUGCCUGUUUAUGGCAGGAUGAGUGUCAAGAGGAUAUGAUGGCAAAAAAGCAAGAUGCACGAUCGCCCAUUUACAACCUCAUUGUGGUGGGUUUGUCAGGAACAGAGAAAGAGAAGGGCCAAUGUGGGGUUGGCAAGUCCUGCUUGUGUAAUAGGUUUGUGCGACCCAGUGCUGAUGACUUCUACCUGGAUCACACGUCAGUGUUAAGCACCAGUGACUUUGGGGGUCGAGUGGUUAAUAAUGAUCACUUUCUGUUUUGGGGGGAGGUGUCCCGGGUUCUGGAUGAGGGGCCCGAAUGCAGGAUGCAUGUUGUGGAGCAAACUGAAUUUAUUGAUGACCAGACGUUUCAGCCACACCGUAGCACUGCUAUGCAGCCGUACAUCAAACGGGCAGCCGCGACCAAGCUGGCCUCAGCAGAGAAGCUCAUGUACUUCUGUACAGAUCAGCUGGGUCUGGAGCAAGACUUUGAGCAAAAACAAAUGCCAGAGGGCAAGCUGCAGGUAGACGGCUUCCUGCUUUGUGUUGAUGUGAGCCGGGGCAUGAACCGUAACUUCGAUGACCAGCUGAAAUUCGUCACAAACCUGUAUGGUCAGCUUAGCAAGACUAAGAAACCCAUUGUGCUGGUCCUCACCAAAUGUGAUGAAGGAGUUGAGCGUUACAUCAAGGAUGCACAUACCUUUGCUAUCACAAAAAAGAGUCUACCAGUAGUUGAGACAUCUGCACGCUCAAACAUAAAUGUGGAUCUGGCCUUCCUUACUUUGGUUCAGCUUAUUGAUAAGAGCAGAGGAAAGCCCAAGAUCAUUCCUUACUUUGAGGCGCUGAAACUCCAGAGCCAGCAGAUAGCUUCUGCCAAGGAUCGCUAUGAAUGGCUAAUCAACCGUAUAGUAAAGAAUCACAAUGAAACCUGGUUAAACACCAGCCGACGCAUGAACACCUCCCCAGAGUACAAAGAAUAUGUGUUCUUGGAGGGAACGGCUAAGUGUAAGAAGCUUUUUCAACAGCAUGUCUACCGUCUGAAGCAGGAACAUAUUGAAAGGCGUCGUAAAAUAUACUUAAGCACUCUUCCCUUAGCACUUAGUUCUUUGGUGCCUGACCUGGAUGAGAUAGAUCAGCUGAGCUGGUCUGGGGUGCAGAAAGUACUGGAGUCCAAGCAGCACUUUGCCCACUGGUUUGUUGUUCUGGAGGACUCGCCAUGGGAGGACACAUCUCACAUCGAUAACAUGGAAGAUGAGCGAAUCCCCUCAGAUCUACUGGAGACUGCUGAAGCAGAAGAACUAUUUAAUGCCCAUCUGGAACAUCUGCGUAAUGAGUGCAGACGGGCAGAGAUGAGACAGGAGUUUAAGCAGAAGUUGGCUUCAUCCCCCUUUGUCACCCCUGGUAAACCUUGGGAAGAGGCCCGCAGCUUCAUCAUGAAUGAAGAGUUCUACCAGUGGCUCGAGGAACCAGAGUACUUGGACCUGUACAACCGGCAUCAGAAGGAGAUCAUUGAUCGUGCUAAAGAAGACUUCCAGGAGCUUUUGCUGGAGUACUCUGAGCUUUUUUAUGAGCUUGAAGUAGAUGCCAAGCCAAGCAAGGAGAAGAUGGGGGCAAUUCAGGAGGUUCUGGGAGAGGAGCAGAGGUUCAAGGCGCUACAAAAGCUUCCUGCUGAAAGAGAUGCUCUGGUAUUAAAACAUAUCCACUUUGUCUAUCACCCCACCAAGGAGACCUGCCCUAGCAGUCCUCACUGUGGUGACUCCAAGAUCGAACACCUCUUAGCUUCACGUUUCCCCACGUGCUACCCCUUCUUUGAUGUGAAAGCUCAUUUUGGGGACACCAAGGCUGACAGAAUUAACCUUGUCAUACUGGGGAAGGAUGGACUGGCCAGAGAAUUUGCCAAUGAGAUUAGGGCUCUCUGCACAAACGACGACUGGUAUGUGUUAGAUGGGAAGAUGUAUGAACUGACGCUGCGGCCUAUUGAGGGAAAUGUACGUCUUCCAGUAAAUUCCUUCCACACUCCAACUUUCACCCCACAUGGAUGUCUGUGUCUGUAUAAUUCAAAAGAGUCCCUCUCCUAUGUGAUUGAAAGCCUUGAGCGACUUAGGGAAUCAACUCUAGGUCGAAGGGAUAGCCAGCUGGCACAACUGCCGACGUCACUGCUGUUAGUCACUAAAAGAGGCGUAGGAUCGUACGUUGACAUAGGAGGAGACACUGCCUUAAACCUAAUAACACAGGGACAGCAGGUUGCAAGGAGACUGCAGUGUAGCUUUUUAGACCCUGCCUCCCCUGGUGUGGGCUACGGCCAUAAUGUCAAUGAGAGCCAAAUUAACCAGGUGCUGAGGGGCCUUCUGGAUAUUAGGAGGAGCACAUCUUUUAGUAGCAGCUCCCCUCCUCUCCUGCCUGAGCCUCUAGGUCUCCGAGACUCACCUCAUCAGCCAGUCCCAGAGGCAGACCUUCGCAUUGUCAUGUGCUUAAUGUGUGGAGACUCCUAUGACAUUGAGCAGCUCCUUUCCCCUUUCCUAAUGCAUCAGCACUGCAGGCCCAUGUCCAAUAGUGGCACCUCUGUGUUGCUGGAGCAGACAGUUGGUGGACACAAGCUGGCUAUAGAGCUCUCUUUGCUCUCGUAUCACGCCUCUUUCACUCUGCGGAAGAGCAGGUUAGUACACGGCUACAUCGCUGUGUACUCGGUAUCCCGAAAAGCCUCCCUCGAGACCCUGUGUGCGUUCUUGUGUGAGGUUCAGGACAUCAUCCCGAUCCAGCUGCUGGCAGUGGGAGAUAGCCAGGCAGAGCUCACUGACAGUGACUAUGCCUGUGAGCAGCUGAUCCAGGGGGAGGAACUCGCCCAUGAGAUUGAGGGUCGUUUUAAUAGUGUGGUCUGUGGUUCUGGGGGGGUGGUGGGAGGCCUGCACAGGAUAGAAAUGUUCCAUUCUUUUCUGAUGGAGGUGGUAGAGAAGCGCAACAUUGUGGAGGCCACGCACAUGUACGAUAAUGUUGCCGAAGCGUGCACCAACGAAAACGUGUACUCGCCACGCUGCAGCUCUCCCAGCCCCGUCACCAUGUUCCUGGAUUCAGAAGAUGACGUAGAGCCGUCACCGCCAUACUAUGAUGGCACGCUCACCUCCCACAGUGGGGGCUUCAACCUGCCUGACUUAGAUUCCAGUGACAUCUCUGUCAUCUCUGAUAUCAGGGACUUUGAGAACAAGCUCAACAACAAAGUACCCCCUCAAGUGAGAGUUAAGCCGGGUGUCACUUUUGAUUUCAGGAAGGUGAGCCGUAACCCAUAUAUGGAUACACUAGGCCACCGUCGCUCCCUGCCCUCCGCUGUUACCUGGGUCCCUGGUGGGGAUGUGGGCUAUGAUCCCUCAGAUUAUGCUGAACCCAUUGAUGCUGUCUCCAAACCCCGCCCCAGCAAUGAAGAGAUCAUCUACUCAGUGCCACAUGACAGCACACAAGGCAAAAUCAUCACCAUACGCAACUCUAACAGGAUGCACUCUAAUGGAAACGGCUCCGACAGCGAAGCAGACAGCAGCUCUCUGGAGCGAAGGAGGAAGUUCUCUGCAGUCGGGGUGAAGCCUCGGCUUUAUCGUGACCGCUCUAAACGGCUGGGCAAGUUCAGCAGCUUUCGCACGAGCUUCAUAGGCAGCGAUGAUGAGAUGGGAGCUCUUCCAAAGUCCAAAGAGGAUGACUUUGGCACCCUGAAAGGCGAAAGUCUUGUUAACGAAGAGAGUGAGGACCCGAAAAAGAGGAACAUUCUAAAGAGCCUGCGACGAACAGCCAAGAAAACAAGACCAAAACCCCGUCCAGCUAUUCCCAAGCCUUUGGAGAGUAACUACUUUGGGGUCCCUCUCGUGAAUGUAGUAUCCCCAGAUAGACCCAUCCCACUCUUCAUCGAGAAGUGUGUCCGCUUCAUUGAGACAACGGGCCUGAAUACAGAGGGUUUGUACCGUGUAAGCGGCAACAAGUCAGAGAUGGAAAGCAUGCAGAGGCAGUUUGAACAGGACCAUGGAUUAGACCUGGUGGAAAAAGACUUCUCCAUAAACACUGUGGCUGGAGGCCUCAAAAGCUUCUUCUCUGAGCUGCCUGAGCCCCUGGUGCCUUGUGCUCUGCAGGUGGAUCUACUGGAUGCUUUCAAAAUCAAUGACAGAGAACAGAGGCUGUAUACCAUGAAGGAUGUCCUGAGGAGGUUCCCCAGGGAGAAUUACGAUGUCUUCAAAUAUGUAGUGAGCCACUUACACAAGGUGAGCCAGCUGAGCAGGUUGAACUUGAUGACCAGUGAAAACUUGUCCAUCUGUUUCUGGCCCACCCUCAUGAGGCCAGACUUCUCCACUAUGGAUGCUCUGACUGCCACACGCACCUACCAGACAAUCAUUGAGACCUUCAUCCACCAGUGUGCAUUCUUCUUCUACAACCAACCCCUCCUCGACUCCCCCACCGGCCUAGCAGGCCUCCCUGCCUCACCCACCACCACCCUCAGCGGGAGCUCUGCCUACUCUUGUUACCGCUCCUCCCCGCCCCACACCACCGCACACUUCAGCCCACUGCAGCAGUCCCCUCCCACCACACCCCAGUCUCCCCUGCAGUCUCUGCUCCCUCCCCUCCACCAACACCCCCACUCCCACCAUUCCCCUGCUGAACAAGAGACACUGUGAGAGACAAUGAAACCAUGUGUGCCCAUGAUGAUGCUGGACCUUAUCACCAACACACUAAAAAAAGAAAAAAAAAAAAGAAAGAAAACGACGGCGACAACAGGAAAAAAAAAAAUACAUGUGCACUUGCACACCACAUUUUUGAUCAUGGACAACCUAGGUUAUGAAGACAGGAGACAGAAAGUGUCUGAGAAACUACCCCAACCUGCCGUUUGUGUUCAUACUUGUGUGCAUCGAGGCAGGCUACCAUUAUCAGUGAAGCGUCCUCUGCCCUCUGAACCUCUGAUCGCCUGGAAUUGGAUGUCAGAUCAGAAGUGGAGGACAGGGUCACCGUCACAGCAAGCCUGUCGUCUGUCAACAGCCACCACUUAUCCUACACUACCAAGAAAUAGAAAACCUCUACGCCAAGCUGGAAGAAAUGAUUUGUGGCCACCAUGUUUUUAUUACGUGUAAAACUCUUAGUUUUUUUUCUCUUCAAAGUACUGCCACUGGAUUUAUAGACUGGUCCUCUGUAGGUCCUUUGGGCAGCAGUUUGCUCCAUAUAGCAGAGGUUCCUCUGUGUCUGCCUUUUGGGUUUCUCUCAUCGGCUCUACCUGAGCGGGUCAGCAUGGGGAGGGAAGGGAAGGGACGGGGGGUAACACAUCCAGGGAUGCACUUUAAUGAUCACUGUUGUUGUUUUUUUUUUCCCCUCGAAAGGGUUUUUUGACAUACUGUUUUCUUGUGUGUUUUUAAUUUCACAGCUCAAACAGCCAUACCCAUUGCCUCUACAGAGCUCUGGCAGAUCAAACUUUGUUUACAUCAAACUUGUUUUUUAUCCACAAACUUAUCUGAAGCACUUUUUGAUAGUGUAGUGUUAAAUAUGAAGAAAUGCCACAUUGAUUAACUGUCCAUGUUGUUUGUUUAGUGGUUUCGUGUGGCAUCAGUGCAGGCUUGUAAAACAAGAUCCUUUUGUAAAAACUUGCCGUCUUUCAGGUGGAUCUAGGCGUCCCAUUGUGGGUUAAUGGGAAGUCUGAAUCGACUCGUGUUCCUCAUUCAUCCAGCCAUGUGAAAAAUGGUUUUGUUUGUCCUCUUUCUAGCUGUCGGUUGAUCAGAGUGGAUGUUUAGGGACUUUGGUUUAAUUAGGCCAUUGUAAUAUCAGAGAAGACUUUGCUUGCCAUCAGUAAAGUGAAGGAGAAAUGUUGCCAUUUUGAAUGUGUAACCUAGUCAUACCGUAACACAAAUUUACAUUACCAUCUGGUGCCCAUGGAAACCAAACGCUUGAAACAUGAUAGGUUGCUGGAUGUGUUGCUGUGGCUGUCUAUCAAACCAAGCUCUUUGUAUUCAUGUAAUAUUAAGGACCUUUAACUCAGAAGGUUUAGUAUUCUCAACGCACUGUUACUGCUAGUCCUGCUAUACGAUACAAUGACCAGUAGAAGUGAAACAUUUGUGGAUGGACACAUUCAGGAAGCACCUGCAGCCGUUUACCUGCUCUAGUUACUUAGUUUUGUGCUGGCAUAUUGUCCCUUUUCUUUGAAAACAAGCAGCACAUUUUCAGUGGUAGCACUGUCAAUGAAGGCAUGGUAACUUUAACCAUUAAACUUUUGAGAGGAAGUACUGUCUUUUCAGUGGAGAUGAGGAAAAAAUGGACAACCGUGCUUACGAGUUCUGGAGGACUGUGGCUCUGUUACGGUUCUUGGGUGCAACAAUGACCGGAAAAGUCAGAUCAUUGGUUGUAUUAGUAUUUGGGAUCGUCAAUUACUGGUACUAUUGGAAUCGUAAUGCUGUCGGAAGCCAGUCGUUUUAUGAGCUGAAAUGAGGGCUCUUCUCAAACUGCUCAGAAGCUGUAACGUUUACACUGGCACCGAACCAACUAAGCAACUGUCCCAUUAUGACACGAUUCCUGGAAGAAUAUAAUGUUACUGCAUCACUUGACCUCUGACACGACCUCGGCAAAUCUGCCAUUCAGUGAGCAAAAAGUGAGUGCAUACUACUCUAUAAUGGUUGUUUAUUUGUAUGUUGGGGAACACCACCCUUUAGUGAAUGGUAGAAAACAUUUCUAGUGUGUAUUUCAAUGAUUGAAAGUCCAUUUUUACAAUUUUUGUGAAUGGUUCAAGGCCACUUAAGUUUAGUGCAUGAUUUAAAAAAAAAACAAACGACACACCAAGGGAGAUGGAUGAAAGCCUCUCCCUGUUUUAAAACAUGAAAUUAGAACAAAAACCAAUACUAAAGUGAAAUAGCUGAAACGUGAAAGUUUAUGUACUGUGCACCAGGAGCAAACCAUGGAAUUUGUCUGACUGAGAAUAGUGUUUGAAGAUGAAGGCCUUAUGUGAACUGUAUAAUAGUUAAUAAAUUAAAUCUUGUAAAAUUG